AUGGUUCAAGGUGGAAUUAAUAAUAUUCCCUCGGCUCCUGUUAACCAACUUCAGACAUCCCAAUCUCUGAAUACUUCUGCUUCUGAAAAUGUUAAGCCGUCACCAAUUAAUGGAGAAUCAAAUCCCGGGACACAUGCUCAAACCGCGAAUCAGAGUGCUCUUGAUGGGCAAUUCGCUCAGACUGGUAUAAACCCGCCGCAAGUCCUCCAGCCGAUCACCGUAAAUGUCCCCGAAUUAAGUGGGUCAGUAUCACAGAACGGGGGUCAGUUGAUAUCACAAACCACAUCGAAUCUCGAUGCUAUAGCUGCCCUUCUAAACGGGUAUAGCACAGUGAUGCAAAACAUCGGAAUGAACGGCGUUUUAUCUAAUGGACAGUCCCUUUUGGCUCCAAGUGUGCUCCCUCAACAACUCGUGACUGCUCAAAAUGGCCAGAACUCUUGCUCCGGUUCCUUGACUCCUUCUACACCUAAUUCGAAUAAUCACCAAAACCAGUCAAAUUGGAACGGGAACGGAGUUGCAUCGAGUACCCUACCCGGGUCGGUACCAUUGUUUGGGUCUGCUUUGAGUCUAUUGCCUAAUCAGCAGACUGCGACCACACCGAAUCCUUUCUGUUCUCUGGAUCCAAACCUCUUUCAACUGAUUUCCACUCAGCACAAUAUCCAACAGGCUCUCCUCCUCCAACAUCAACAACAACAAUCCAUCGUCUCUCAAUACGCAGCUCCUUUUCCCGCCUUUCCUCUGUUUCCUUCUGCCCCCGGUACGCCUCUGGCAGCCAAUGGACACCUUGCCCAACUGUCAAUUGGUGGUGGAUCAUCCGUCUUUCCUGCCCUGAAUUUAGGUGAGUUUCUUAAACAUUCGGGCAUUGGUUAUCUGGGGAAAAAAGCUCGAGUUCAAGUGGUGUUUCUCUUUCCAGCUGGCAUUUCUAAUCUUGGAGGGGUUAGCCAUCAUUCUAAUGGAAAUAGUGAGCAAAUGAUUACAGGACCUGAAGGCUGCAAUCUCUUCAUUUACCACUUGCCUCAGGAUAAAACAGAUUCUGACCUAGUUGAUCUCUUUUCCCCCUUUGGAAAUGUUCUGAGCGCAAAGGUCUAUAUUGAUCGUGUCACUGGCCAAAGUAAAUGUUUCGGUUUCGUGAGCUAUGACAACCCCAUUAGUGCUCGUGACGCCAUCAGUCAAAUGAAUGGUUAUGCGAUUUGUCAGAAGAGACUGAAGGUCCAGUUGAAGCGGUCGAAAGGUAACCAUUGCUAA